CAUGCCCUGCAUUGGUUAUUGUUAUUACAAUAAUGCUGUUCGAACAAUUUGGAUUUCAUGGUUUUUACUUUAGUUCUUUAGGUUGUGAAACUCUAAAGGUAACGAGAAGCUUGUAACCUGGAAGUUAAAAUCAUGGUUUUUACUUUAGUUCUCUUUAGCUUAUUCAGUCUGUUGAUAGCAGUGAGAACCUUAGAUCUUUGAAAUUUUACCAAUAAACUAUAUUUAUUUUACAAUUUACUUAGAAUGUUCAAUCUUUAUGCAUAAUAAUGACGAUACAAUUUUUGCUUCAUUUCUGGACGCAGGAAAUAAUAUGGAAGGUGGCAUUGAUGAUUUUUUGUUGGAAACUGAGGAUGAGAUCGUUGCGGAGAACAGGAACAUAGUGGAAGAUGAAAUGUUAGGAGAUGAUGGUAUCGUUGUACCUAAGGUCGGAAUGACAUUUAGCAGUGAAAAUGAAAUGUUUGAAUUGUACAAAGAAUAUGCAUACAGCGUAGGUUUUCCCGUAAAAAAAAGGAAUUCAAAAAAAGGGUCCGGUGGAGUUUUGAGAUUUGUGACAUAUACUUGUGGCCGUGAAGGUCGAAGGCCAAGUACUACUACCGGAUCUGUAAGGCCGCAACCAACAAUUCACACCAAUUGUAAGGCCCGGAUAAGCGCAUCUUCAGAUGAUCAUGGAUCUUGGAGAAUUAAUGCAGUCCACCUCGACCACAAUCAUGGAACAAGCCCAUCGAAAUCCAGGUUGUUUCGAUGCAAUAGAGAACUGAGUGCACAGGUUAAGCGGAGGCUUGAAGUGAACGAUGUGGCGGGAAUUCCGUUGCACAAAAGUUAUAAUUCCGCAGUUGUUGAGGCGGGCGGAUACGAAAAUAUGACUUGUGUGGAAAAGGAUUGUCGGAACUACAUCGAACAAGUGAGACGGUUGAGACUCGGAGAAGGAGAUGCCGCCGCAAUACAAGCAUAUUUUUCAAAUAUGCAAGCACAUUGCUCGGGGUUUUAUUUUAGUAUUGAUUUGGAUGAUGAAUCGCGGUUGAGGAACAUAUUUUGGGCAGAUAAUAGGUGUAGGCAGGCAUACAAGGAAUUCGGCGAUGUGGUCACGUUUGAUACAACGUAUCUUACAAAUAAGUAUGAUAUGCCUUUUGCUCCUUUCGUUGGCGUCAAUCACCAUGGACAAUCAACACUGCUUGGUUGUGGUUUGCUUUCGAACGAGGACACAAAUAGUUUUGUGUGGCUAUUCAGGUCAUGGCUUCAGUGCAUGCACAGUGUAGCUCCCCAUGGAAUAAUCACUGAUCAGGAUAGAGCCAUGCAAAAUGCAAUUCAAAUUGUUUUUCCAAAUACAAACCAUAGGUGGUGUUUAUGGCACAUUUUGAAAAAGUUGCCAGAGAAGUUUGGGUACCAUAUUGAUAAGGGUUCUAUAUUUUCUGAUAUACAUGGAUUGGUGUAUGAUUCCCAGUUCGUUGAAGAGUUUGAAGAAGGUUGGAUCGCAAUGAUUAAUAAGUUUGGAUUGCAUGAAAAUGAUUGGUUAUCUGGACUAUACGAGAACAGAAAGCGUUGGGUUCCUUGCUUUCUGAAAACCACUUUUUGGGCAGGGAUGUCAACAACGCAAAGAAGUGAGAGUAUGAAUGCGUUCUUUGACGGAUAUGUACACUCAAAGACUUCAUUGAAACAGUUUGUAGAACAAUAUGAGCGAGCACUAAGGAAUAAGGUUGAAAAGGAAUUUCAAGCUGAUUUCAAAUCAUAUUCACAAAUGCUACCAUGCGUAAGUAUGUUUGAAAUGGAGAAACAAUUUCAAUCUGUUUAUACCAUCUCAAAAUUCAAGGAGGUUCAGGAGGAGUUUAUAGGGAAGAUGUAUUGUGACCUCAUAUCUACUUCAGAAAAUAGUUUUGGGACAAUGUACGAGGUCUGCGAAGUUGUGGCAUGCGGCGAGCGAAUGAAGAAAAAAACAUUUUUUGUGUCAUUUCAAAAGGAGAAUUGUCAAUUCAUUUGCAGCUGUCACUUGUUCGAGUUUAGGGGUAUAAUUUGUAGGCAUGCGAUAUCGGUGUUGAUCCGUAAUUGCAUCACAUCAAUACCGGAGAGGUACAUACUGAGACGAUGGAGAAGAGAUGUUAGUAGAGCACACGCGAGGGUGGCUGUGAACUACGCUGGGUUGGUUAGUACACCUAGUCAGUUGAGAUAUGAUAGUAUGUGUCAGUCUUUUGCUGGGUUGGCAGAUCUUGCUGCUGAUGAUGACGGGCAGACUCGCGCCAUAAUGGACUGGAUAGAAUCGCAGUGUACAGUUCUUACGUUGACACGGACGAGUACAAGCACUAAUGUCCUCGCACACCAUACGGUACAAUUAGGCCCCCAGUGUAAUGUAUCGCAGAAUACCUUGAGCGGGAGCGUACGGGACCCUCUCGUGUCGAGAAGAAAGGGUGCACCAAAGAAACUUCGAAGUAAAAGCCCGUUGGAGUCGAGUUCGAAGAAAGUAAAGGCAACAUCAACAUCGAGCAAAGGAAAGAGACCAAAUUCGAGUCAGAGUGCUACUCCAGUUGGUACACAAGAACUUCAGGCGUCCCAACAUUAGCAUGAAAAAUUCAGAAAGAAAAUCUUUUGCCUCUUAAGUUUUAUCAAUUGAGGAAAAAUUUUAUGCAUGUCCAUAGUGGACUAUUUGGUUUUGGCCAGGUAGAAUAAUAUGCAGAAUCAAAACUUGCUAUUUCGUGCCUGUAGAAAUAAGAAUUGGUUUGAUAAGAAACUUGCGUGAUUUUAAGUGAACAAA